AAUAAUUCUACCAUGCAAAUUCGUCGUCCUCGCGGCAUUACAACUCAACAAUUAAUGGUAGUUACCGCCAUUGGAUUUUUGGGAGGUGUUUAUAUUUGGAAGCCAUUAAUUUUGAAGUGGAAGAAGGAGGAAGGACCUAAAAAUAGUGCAACUAAUGAUCAAGAAAUACCAUCAAAGUCAGUGUGCCCAGCCACUACCACAUUUAGAAUUAUCAUUAACAAUUUGAAACAGUUUUCCACGUCUUCGACUGGUAUGAUGGCAAUCGGAAUAUUCUCUACAUUAAUUAUAUCUGUAAGCUAUCGAGUAUUUAUGAAACCAAAACUUGAUAAAAAUCGACGACAAGAAGCUGAACUAGUAGCGGACUACAUAUUCCAACGUGAAGUACAAAAACAAUCAACAGAGAAUGGAGUCUUUUAAU